CUACUCAGCUGCAGACAUGAACAACCAAGGCGUGACUUAUGCGGAACUCCAUCAUGCUAAGGGCUCAAAAAGACAGCAAGUGCAACCUAAGGGCACGAAAAGUUCCAUUUCAGUAACUGAGGAGGAGAUAGCCUAUGCAGAAUUAAAUCUUCAAAAUGCUUCUCGGGCCCUUCAAGGGAAUGGCAAGAACUCUCCCUGCAAAGACUCACCUUCAUGUCCAGAGAAGCUCAUUGCUGGUAUCUUGGGAAUCCUCUGCCUCGUCCUGAUGUCCACUGUGGUAACAAUAGCUGUUAUCCCCUCUACUGAAGGAUCAGAGCGGAACAAAACGUCCCUGGAAACGACAAUCCAGAAAGCAUGUCUCUGUUGUCAUUGUCUGAAAGAGUGGUUUACGUAUUCCAACAAUUGCUAUUACAUUAGCACUGAGAGAAAAUCAUGGAAGGAGAGUUUGACGUUCUGUACUUCUAAGAAAUCUAACCUGCUCUACUAUGAUGAUGAAGAGGACAAGUUUUUAUUGAAUUUACUCUCUGCUACAACAUGGAUUAGAGGCUCCAAUAGAAGCCAUCAUAGUUCAUCUGUGCAGCCAAAAGCCUUAACGUUUUCUUCCGAAGUGUUGUCAGUAUCUUCAGAGAUUGACAAGAAUUGUCCAUAUAUCGAUUUUCGUCUAAAAAAAAUUUAUUUUUCACCUUGCUCAGUAAUAAGACCAUAUGUGUGUAAGCACCAGGCAUUUUAGUUACCUCAUUUCGGUAUAAUGCUAUUUAACCAUUGAUAAGGAAUCCAUCACUCAUUACUUCA